AAAGUGUAGGUGGCACCACAGCAUCUCCUUGAAGAAUCUUCCUCGUCACAUCACGCCUGUUAACGUCGUCGUCGAAAUUUCUUGCAACUCUAAUAAACUGCGUUUUCCGCAAUCACCUUCGUUACAUUUCUCGCAUCGUCUUUUGUUUUUUUCUCCCUCCCUCUCUCACAAUUACCGCCACCUCCUAUUUUUAUACAAUUCCAGGUUAAUUGUCGUUUUGGCUGCCGAAAGAUGGGGGCUGAAGAUUCGAAUUUGAUGGAGAACGAAGGGGGGUGUCGCGGAAGGGAAGGGAAAGGGAGGAGGCUGUGGAAGAAGGUGAAGUACCAGCUGGUGGAGUACCAUUCGUUGCCCGGUUACUUGAGAGACAACGAGUACAUUCUCGGUCACUAUCGAUCUGAAUGGCCCAUCAAGCAGGUUCUGCUCAGUAUGUUCACCAUACACAACGAAACUCUCAACGUUUGGACGCAUUUGGUCGGGUUCUUCAUAUUUCUGGCAUUGACCAUAUACACUGCCAUGAAAAUUCCGAAGGUUGUAGAUCUUAAUUCGCUACAGCAUUUUCCUGACAUCCUCAUGAAGCCCGACCUGCAGAAAUUACAAUCAGAACUCCUGACGUGUCUCCCUUCCAUUCCUGAUUUACACAGACUCAGAGAGGAAAUCUCAAGUUGGCAUCUUAAAGAAUAUCUGUAUAAUUGUUUGCCUGUAAGAUUUUCCAGUAGCAAUCAUACUGAUGUGUGUGUUCUGCAUAGCGUAAAGGAGGACCUGGCGAACAUGAUAGCACCACUUAUGAUUAGACCAAUUACAAGGUGGCCUUUUUUCGCCUUUUUAGGGGGUGCCAUGUUUUGCUUGCUAGCUAGCAGUAUUUGCCAUCUUCUAUCAUGUCACUCUGAGCGCAUGGCAUACAUCAUGCUCAGGCUUGACUAUGCUGGAAUUGCAGCCCUCAUAUCCACCUCUUUCUAUCCUCCAGUGUAUUACUCUUUUAUGUGUUAUCCAUUUUUCUGCAACCUUUACUUAGGAUUUAUCACUGUAUUGGGCAUUGCCACCAUCUUGGUUUCUCUGCUUCCAGUGUUCCAAAAUCCUGAAUUCCGCACCAUCCGAGCAUCUCUCUUUUUCGGAAUGGGUUUGUCCGGAGCAGCACCUAUACUGCACAAGCUUUAUCUAUUCUGGGGCCAGCCAGAAGUAUUUCACACAACCGGAUAUGAGAUCCUGAUGGGUGUUCUCUAUGGAAUUGGAGCACUGGUUUAUGCCACUAGGAUUCCAGAACGAUGGAUGCCUGGGAAGUUUGACAUUGCCGGACAUAGUCACCAAUUGUUUCAUAUAUUGGUGGUGGCUGGAGCGUACGUUCAUUACCGGGCAGGGUUGGUUUAUCUCAGGUGGCGUGAUCUUCAAGGUUGCUGAUUUAAUAAGCAUCUAUAGGCAUAACAGUGGUUGAAUACUCUGCUGUGAUGUUAUCAGUAUGUAUGUUCAGUAUACACUCCUCUAACUGAUGUGAAUUUGUGAUUCCAGUUGGGGAUGUUUAUGCAACCAUAGGCAUUGUGUACACACUUAGAACCCUCAGAACAAAGCAUUAAUAUGGAAUAAUAGUUCAUUUACUCUCUCAUGGCA